UAUUUUGUUUUUGGCUGUGUUGGGCCUUCAUUGCUGUGCACAGCCUUUCUCUAGUUGCAGCGAGAGGGGGCCACUCUUCUUUGCGGUGCACGGUCUUAUUGCAGUGGCUUCUCUUGUUGUGGAGCACGGGCUGUAGGGUGCACGGGCUUCAGUAGUUGCAGCACGCGGGCUCAGUAGUUGUGGCUCACAGGCUCUAGAGCGCAGGCUCAGUAGUUAUGGCACACGGGCUUAGUUGCUCAGUGGCAUGUGGGAUCUUCCCGGACCAGGGCUCGAACCCAUGUCCCCUGCAUUGGCAGGCAGAUUCUUAACCACUACGCCACCAAGGGAGCCCUGUUUUUCUUAUAUCUGCUGUAAAUUUUAAGUUCCUUGAGGACAAGACAGAAUUUUAGUCACGCUUUUAUUAGUCAUUCUUCUUUGGAAGUGAUAUGUACAUUUUAAUAUUACUUUCCCGAAACAACCUGAACCUAAGUACAUAUUUUUUUUUCUGAUUUAACUGUCUGUGGUAAAACUGCAACCAUCUUCACAAGUGAGUUAAAAUUUUAUACAGUAAUAAGAAACUACAGUUAAGUGGACUACAGAAAGCGUUACUUUGUUACUUCCCUACAACUACAAAAAGUAUCUCUUUUAUAAUGGAUGUCCAUCAAAGAAUUACAGUUUCAAAACUCCCCGAUCCUUUUUUAAAAUUAUCAAUUAUAUAAAUCUGAAAUCAAGUUUCAAUUCCAGUGAGAAACAAUAAUUACAGAAUAUUUUUAAGAAGUUAUAGGAAAACAAUAAAAAUUACAGUACAUUUUCCAAGUUUUAUAGAGCCAAAGGCAGGUAGGAAAGGCAACCAUACAUACUCUAAAUCACCUACACAGCCUCAGUUCUAGGCUGUUCCUCUGACCAGUUUUCCUUCCUUAUGACAUAUGAUUAGAAGCAUGAGGAAAGUGGAAUGGAGCAAAAAUUCCAGAAGCCUUCACUAACAGUAAAGGGAUAAUAAAACAUUUAGAUCUAAUUCAUUUGAAUUUUUCUAAAUUUUUGCACAAUUGCUUAACUUUGACCUUGUGCAAUUCUAAUUCUCUCUUGCUCUCAGAGGCACUCUGGAUUAUUAGGAGCCUAAGGAGAAGACUAAAUGACUUCUCAGCAAAGUGAAAAAACAAGAAUGAAAUAAUCUUAGAUUUUUGGUUGGUUGGGUUUUGUAAUAUCCCUUUUUUAUAGAAAACAGCCAGGGUUAUAUUCCUAAAACAGAGGUCAAUGCAUGUCAUUCCCUCUCCUUAAAAGCAUUCAGUUGGUUUCCAUGGCCUCAGAACACAACCUAAAAAUUCAUGAGCCUCCACAAUCCAACCUCCUUCCCUAGUCUGUUUUCACUGCCCAAUUUUAAGCCUUCUCCACCAAGCACCUCUUACUACACCAAGCAUGUGAUGCUUGGAAGCUCACUCUCCCUUCUAACCUAUUACAAGUCCAUAUCUUUUGAGGACAAGGUCAACUGUCACCAUGAAGCAGGAAGCAUUAAGUCAUAUGUUCCUUAACAUUCCCCUUUCUAAGCUAAAAGUCAUACCUUCUUUCUCUUUGCUCCCUAAAAAUGUUGUGUUGAUUCCUCAUUUUUCUACUUAUUUCAUUCUGCCCUAUAUUGCAGUCAGUAGUUUACUUAACUCUCAUACACUGAGGCUUUAUUUAGUACAUGUUUGUCACAACUGAAAACAGAAUUUAACCAAGAACUUCAGUCUUUUAAAUUCAACAUUCACACAAUUUGCUAUAUCCCCGCAAAUUUACAAUAUCAAGCAGUCUAUUUAAAAGAUAAUCUUUUCUAGUGAAUUACAUUUUAAAGAAUGAAUUAGGGGUGAGGGACAACUCAAAUUCCAUUUGGAGGCAUCUUUGAGCUCGUCGAGUAGACAUCAUGAGCAAAGCUCACCCUCCAGACUUGAAGAAAUUUAUGCACAAGAAGUUAUCAGUGAAAUUAAAUGGUGGCAGACAUGUCCAAGGAAUAUUGAGGGGAUUUGAUCCCUUUAUGAAUCUUGUGAUAGAUGAAUGUGUGGAGAUGGCAACUAGUAGGCAACAGAAUAUUGGAAUGGUGGUAAUACGAUGAAAUAGUAUCAUCAUGUUAGAAGCCUUGGAACGAGUAUGAACAAUGGCUGUCUUCACCAGAGAAAUCAACUGCUUUCACAUGUCUCCUCUCCACAUUUUACGAUGAUGAAAAUUGGGUCGUGUACAUUUUCUUACUGAACUUUUUUU